AUGAAGUCUCAGGCCCUUGUCGCUCUUUUAACCCUCGCUGCCACCGUCAAUGCCCUCGACGCAAGGCAAAAUCAUGCUCGCGCAGCAAAGCGCGCUACGUCCUCCGCCUCUGGCGCUUCGUCUUCCUCUGGUUCGUCAUCUGUCUCGUCAGCAGCGAGCUCGGCCAGUGGUGCUCCAGGCGGUGCUCCCUCCGGAACUGCCAUCCCGUCGCUGAGCCUGAUCACCUCGGGCAUGCCCUCGCCCACCACCCUACCGGUGACCGCCACAUUUUCUGCCGGUGCUAGCGUCCCCGUCUCUGGCGCUCCUCCCCUCCCCACCCCCUUCGUUUUCCAGCAGAGCCAAUGGCCACCUCAGGAUCAGGUUGCUCCCACCGAUGGAGCGGAGGUUGCUGAGUGGAUGAAGGAGCUCGAGGGCUUCAACGUCCCCAACAUCACCCCUACCCAGGGCGGUGAGUGUGCCACUGACCCGCAGGCUGCGGCUCAGGCUGAGUCCCGCGGCUGGUGGACUUGCGGUGGAUACACCCGCGACACCGACAUUGUUGCUUGCCCGGACAAGAUGACCUGGGGCGUCAGUUUCGAUGACGGCCCAGCUCCCUACACCCAGCAACUCCUCCAGUUCUUGGCAUCGAAGAACAUCACCUCGACCUUCUUCGUUGUCGGCUCCCGCGUCAUUGAGAGACCGCAGGUCCUCGUUGAGGAAUACAUGGCUGGCCAUGAAAUUGCUGUUCAUACUUGGUCUCACAGGCCGCUCACUUCUCUCACUACUCAACAAGUUGUUGCUGAGCUCGGUUACACCCGCAAGGCUAUCCGUCAGGUCCUCGGUGUCUCCCCAACACUGAUGCGCCCUCCUUUUGGCGAUAUCGAUGACCGUGUUCGCGCUAUCUCACUCGCUAUGGGUAUGGUUCCGGUCAUUUGGUCGAGGACCCCAUCUGGUGCUACUUUCGACACCAACGAUUGGAAGGUUCCCGGCGGUGUUGUCACCGGUCCCCAGUCCUUCUCGACUUUCCAGUCUAUCCUGCAGAACGCCACCCAACUCGACACCGGUUUCAUCGUGCUUGAGCACGACUUGUACCCCCAAACUGUUGACCUCGCCAUUGGUUACACACUCCCUGCCGCCUUGAGCUUCAACCCCAAGAUUACUAUGGAUUCCAUUGGUCACUGCAAUGGCAUUCCUGCUUCCAACUUGUAUGCUGAGAGCAACACCAACGGCUCGUUUCCUUACGCUAACAGCACGAUGGCUUCGAACAAGACCAGCGGGUCGAGCAACGGUGGCCACAGCGCGGCCUCCGUAAGUGCUUCCCUUCCCAUUUCUGCUGGCAUCGCUGCCGCUCUGGUGAUGAUUGGGUCGAUGUUAAUGUGA